AUGAGAGGCGAGGGCCCGGCAGCGGGGUACUCCACGCUGGCGGUGGAGGGCGCCAAGGAGUCCGCGGGGAGCGUGGGUCACCCGGACGGCUGCACCCCCUGCACCUUCUACUGCUUCACCCGCCGUGGCUGCAAUCGGGGCGCGGGGUGCAAGUUCUGCCACAUGACGCACCAGUCCAAGCUCCAGCAACGGCGUGAGGCCUGGAAGAAGCAGCAGCGCGAGAAGCGCAAGCUCAUGCGGGGCUUCGCUCACAAGGAGGAGGUCAUGGCCGAGGCCCCUCUCCCGAGGCCUGUGUCACGGAACAAGAAACCACUGGAGGAGCAGGCAUUCAAGGGCGGCGGCAGCAGCGUCAAGUCGGUGGUUUUCACGUACACACCGUCACGGGUCACUUUGACCAUGGGUCAGCGGACGGAGAUUCGCCCAGCACUCUUUGGGCCGACGGCAACGAGGCGCUUCAGCUGCCUCGGCCGCCUUCCCGAAGGGCUGAACCUGGACGCUUUGACGGGCACGAUCAGCGGGCAGCCAACGGCGGGCUGCCCCUGGGAAGUUUUCACCAUUCAGGUGGAGAUGAUGGACGGCCAGACUGCGCAGACUGGCCUGGAGAUCGAGGUGGUGGACUUCUCGCGCGGAGGCUUCGUGGUGGGCCACAUCAGCGAGGUGACGCCGGGCCGCUUCAUGCUGGUGGUCUACAAACCCGAGGAGGCCGAAGUCAAGCCGCAGGAUGUGCAAAACCUGAACCUGCAGAGCAGCCUGUCUUUCCAAGGGCAGCCAGGAGGCUGGAUCAGCAGCUAG